CGGCCGGUUUUUUGAAUGGGUAAUGAAACGUCGCCGUUUCAGCUGCUACAUCCUCGAUGCCCAGAUCCAAAUUCCACUCCAGAACGCCUCUGCUUCUCUCACACUCAAUCUCCAUCCUCUGCACUUAGCCCUAGCUCCUGGCCGUUCCCUUACCUCCGUCCAGCCACCGCCUCGUGCCGCCGCCGUCGUUCCUUCCAACAGCCACCGUCUGCUCGCUCACCUUCCCUCCAUCACGCAGCAGCCAUCGAUAUCAACCUUCCAUUCCAUCGCGCAGAAAUCGCAACCUUCCUCCGUCGCGCAGCCACGCCACCGGCGGCACUAUCUCUGUUCUCCGCAACCACUGUCCCAGUUCGAAGCCCGUUCGAAGGUACUCCACCACUGUCUUGGUCACUCGGUGUCUCUAUCUCCCAUCGCGCAGCCAUCGCAACCUUCCUCCGUCGUCGCGCAGCCACGCCGCCGCCGGCACUAUCUCUGUUCUCCGCAAUCACUGUUCCAGUUCGAAGCCCGUUCGAAGGUACUCCACCACUGUCUUGGUCACUCGGUGUCUCUAUCUCCCAUCGCGCAGCCAUCGCAACCUUCCUCCGUCGCGCAGCCACGCCGCCGCCGGCACUAUCUCUGUUCUCCGCAAUCACUGUUCCAGUUCGAAGCCCGUUCGAAGGUUUGGGUAAAGUGGGGAGAGAGACGCCAGUUCAUUGCCCAGAACAAGCUAGGUGCAAGAUUUACACCUUAUUAUUCCUGACUAUUUCUUUUGAGUGGAGCAGUGAUACACUCCCGCUUUCUUAUCAGCAGAUUCUAAUAAUUUUGCAGAGGGUAUUAAGACUUCCGUCGUCUUCUUCAAAGAUGUGGUGGGCCAUUCGUUGUCUUCCUCUCAGGAAUCGAGUGCUGAGAGCUUAUUGCUCCAAAGCUACUGGGGUGGUGGAAGAUGAGUUCAAUGUUGAGACAAGUCACGGGAAGAUAAAAUUGGACUUGGCAGGAGAAGGAUUUUUACCUUCACUUACCGCGGCUCAUACAAUUUCGGACAUCAUUAGAGGGCAUUACUCUCAGCCGUGGCCUUCGUGGAAAAAGAUUCCAGAUGCUACUAGAAAAUUUUGGUGGGAAAAGUUCAAAAGCAAACAUCAGUUUUUUCCUCCAGAUCUUUAUUGGGCUCGAAAAAAUUUUGAGAGGCGAGGUGUGGCAUUACUAAAAAGUUUGUUGGGAAAAGCUCGUACAAGUCGCGUCAAACCUCAGUGGAUAGAAGAUGAUGUGUGGGAUGUUCUUUGUGUUUAUUGGAAUGCUGACACUGGGUUUCUACAAAAGAGCGCGCAAGGCAAGUCAAAUCGAGCGUCUCUUCAUACUGCUGGCCCAAUUACCAUUACCCAACACAAAACUAAUAUGAAAAAAUCAUUGAAGAGGACUCCAACACAGUUAGACUUGUUUGCGAAGACCCACAAACACAAGGAUGAGACACGGGUGGAUAAGAAAUCAAAACAUAUUCAUAAUGCUAUAGAAGAGGCUAUACAAAAAGCAUCUGAAAAAGGAAGUAAUGCACCAAAUGAGAUGGAUGUGUGGUAUGAAAUAGCCACAUUUAAAAAGGGAAGAAUUCAUGGACUUGUAAUAAAAUUCACUGCAAUUGGCUCCAGUGCUCAGUCAUCUGAUUGGUUGCGAAAGUUAGAACAUGAAGAAGUAAUGAAGAGAAUGCAAGAGUGGUUGCGAAUGUUAGAACAUGAAGAAAUAAUGAAGAAAAUGCAAGAAGAGAAUGCUGACUUAAAAACUAGGUUGGAAAAGAUAGAAAGAAGAGUUGAACUCCUUAACUAUAAGCUUCUAAAAACGAUAAAAAAGCUUGAUGUUAAAAUUCCGAUUUCUCAACUAGAAGGUGGACAAAUAUAGGAGAUGAUGAAGAUGGUGAACGUACGUCUGAAGAGUGAUUAGUAGUUUGUGAUGCUAGUUAGUUAAUAGAGUUUAAAUGAUGUAAUUAGUAAUAUGAGAGUGUUGCGUACUUAUUAUUGUUGUCUAUGAUAUUGAAUUGAUGAGUUAUUUUGGUUAUUGUUCAAGUGUGUUAUAAUAUUUUGGUUAUUGUUUAAGUGUUA